AGCAAAGAAGGAAUAGCACAACAUCAAAGGACUCAAAUAACUUCUUAUCGUUACAAAAAAAACGGGGCUUUGAUCGCCCAAAAAUCUAUAGCACCCACAUUUAAAUAUAUUUUCAAUUCAUACAGGGAUCUUUUGCCUCGUUUACAAAACGGUUUGACCUGCGUGAAAUAUGCCUUCAGAGAAGACGUUCAAACAAAGGAGGACAUUUGAGCAGAGAGUAGAUGAUGUGAGACUGAUUCGAGAACAGCACCCCAACAAGAUCCCAGUCAUCAUCGAGAGAUACAAGGGAGAGAAGCAGCUGCCCAUCCUGGAUAAAACCAAGUUCCUGGUUCCUGACCAUGUCAAUAUGAGUGAGCUGAUCAAAAUCAUCAGGAGGCGCCUCCAGCUGAACUCCAACCAGGCCUUCUUCCUGCUGGUGAAUGGCCAUAGCAUGGUCUCAGUGUCGGCAGCCAUCGCUGAGGUGUACGAUCGCGAGAAGGACGAUGAUGGCUUCCUCUACAUGGUGUACGCCUCGCAGGAGACCUUCGGAACCGUGACCCCCCAGUAACAGUCUCCCACCACCACACCAUAGCUCGGACAAUGAUACCACUUUCUCCCUCCCUGAUCCUUCGUUCCUAAAUACAGACCGAACCCUUGCUUACAACCUUAGCCAAGACAAUAGGAACCAGACAGACCUCUUCUCCCAUGCCCUUAAGGGCCCCUUAUAGAUAUUAAAAGUAAUGUCCUGCACCUUCUCAUACUCGUACUACCCAUUACUCAAAACCUCUCCCCGUUCAUCCAUUACUCAAAACCUCUCCCCGUUCAUCCAUUACUCAAAACCUCUCCCCGUUCAUCCAUUACUCAAAACCUCUCCCCGUUCAUCCAUUACUCAAAACCUCUCCCCGUUCAUCCAGCCAUGUGUUUAGGAAAAGAGAUUCAAUAGUUAUCUUUGGGUUGUUUGGUGUAUAGAAUGGAUUAGUAUAGCAGAGAUGAUUGCCAGUUCAGGUAGAGUUCGACUCAAACAAUUUACAGCUUAAAUCCCUGCUUGAGUUCAACAUGGUUGAGUUCAGUUAUACAGAAAUCUCCAUAUUUUAUUUUCCACUUGUUGUGUUUGCUAAACUUGAAUGAGCUCAGUAUUUUGGAUGAAGCUUCAAUCACAACAGCUGUUGAGAAAUUUUCUAACAGUUUAGUUAAAGCGUUGAAUCCAGUUUGACAGACAUGGGACAUACUACUUCCACAAGAACAUGUUUCAUCAUGUGUUAAGUCUCCUAUAAUUGGUGACUCAGGCCAAUAGUCUCAACCGCUGUGACAAAAUGAGUGGUUCUUUUUCCUCUUUUUAGUCUUUCCUUUAGCAACUUGGUUGAAUAUUCUAGGCCAACUAUAGGCUUCAUUGUAUUUACACAAGUAUUUAAGGCUAACAUGUUAAUGUGCGUUCAGUUUAGCAGUUCCCCUCCCCUGUGUUGCUCUGUUGACCUACUUGAUAAGGUUUGUGGGUUCAGAGUUUAUUUUACUUGGCUCCUUUCAAAAAGUCAAUAAAAAUGAAGAUCCUUUUUUUUUUUUUAUAUAUAUUUUUCCCCCCCGCGCUUUGUUGUAAACGUCUCCACGUAGAAGAGAUGUUAGGGACUCCUGGUUAAAAAGGAAAAAAAUGCUACCGAAAACCUGCUAUGAUGAUUGUAAUAAGAAAUUUGCCUCCAUGUACAGCAUGAUGAUCGAAUUGCACGCGUGUGAAAGGGUCACUGAUGUGGGAUAAUGCUGAUGUCAGAAGUAGGGUGUGGGGUUGGUGGCUGUUUUGGACUGGGCGGGCAUCACGGCCGGGUCUGUCCACCAACCAACUGUCCAUCCGUCCCCCUCCUAGACCUGCCCUAGGGCUCUGAACAGUACUCAUCCCAGGGUGGCAUCACGCUUUUAGAAUAUUCAAUUUGUUUAAUAGAGGGUUAUUUACGCCUUUUAUAAUGUGUGCUGACUGUUGUGCUUUUCCUUCUCGCUGUCCUCUCAACUGUUGGAACUGUUUAAAUGUUAGAUGCCUUUUUAUCUCCGAAUUUUUGGCAGAUAAUCUUUCUUCUGUUUUUAUUUAAUGUGAUGUUACUUCCUUGUACAAAUGUCCAUAUGCUAUACGUGUGUGUGUAAUGAAUACGAAUGAUUCUAUGAUCAGUUUGAGGGUUUAAUAACAGAGGAAUGAUGCAGUUUUAUCAGCCCAACGUUCCUCUGCAUGUGCCGCUGUUUGCUGCUCUCAUUCUUCAUAUUCACAGCAAUAUUACACAGCCUUUUAUUGUAUUUGUUGGUAUUUUCUGAAUAAAACAAACAGACUAUG